GCUGGUAUGUCAACUAAGCAUGGCAGUAAGGCACUGAGAGUAUUGGAGUAUUGCUUUGUCUGGGCUGUUGGUGGUUUAAGGCUUUGAUAUGGCUUUUGGAAUUAAUUUGGGGAUUGUGUUCCUUUGCUCAUUGUUUGCAGAACACUCAAGUUUUACAUGGGCUCCACGUGAUGCCCAGAGAGUAAGAGGCUAUGGGUUUUCUGGCUCUUCCAGAAUGGAAGUUGAGCAGAGGCAAACAGGUGGCAGCUAUCCCCAGGAUCAAUUCAGACCAGCCUCUCACACUUCUGGUUCGGUCCAGAGUGAAGCUACUUACCGCGGGACUGGAUACAACACACUCGGAGGCUUUGCUCCAAGCUCCCUCCAGCCAUCCCCAAGGGGCUCUGGAUCUAUCCCCAGCAGUUUUACCUCCGCCCAGACAAAGGGUAAGAGGACCCGUGCCAAGAAUACUGACAUUAGCCUCUCUGGUUCUAUAGCCAGUGGAUCCUCUUUCACCCACAACAAGCAUCAAACCAAGGCCAGCAGAACCUAUGGUCAAAGUGUCACUGACCCCAGUGCAUUAAGGCCAGUUUCAAGUUGGGAGGUAAAGAGAAUCCAGGCCAACACUCUUCGUACUGUACAGCCUCACUCCGGCAGCUCUGGACUAGUCCAGAAUCCUGAUGUUGUGUUUAAUGUCCAGAGUAGAACUGCCUCUAACCUGAAACCAUCUACUCCUAACUAUGGCUCUACCCAGAGUGAAUUCAAGUUCUCCACCUCCAGACAACCCAACCAAAGCCUUGUCCAGACUCGGAGUAGAGGAGCCCCAAGCCUCUAUGGUCAAACUGCCUCCCUCACCCACUAUGUCCAGGACCUGAAGCAAGGGAGCAGCUUCCCUUCCUUGGCUUUCAAGGGACCAAUGGAGAUCUCUGCCCGGUCAAUUUCCACUCCUGACCGUGAAGUUCCCUCAAGUGGUUCUUCACAAACUUCAUUUAGACCAGGUCCUCUGAGUUUUGGUUCUACUGAAGGUGGGAGUGCAACAAAAAGCUACAAGCCUAGCUUCUCCCAAGAUGUCAUGCAAUACCAGAGCAACUCUGCCAGUAGAAGUGUUUCAACUUCCAAUCAAUAUGCCCAAACCUCUGGCCAGAGAAUAGAUGGAGCCUCUACCUCAAGUCGCGGCAUGCCUACUUCUAGCCUGGCCUCUCGCUCCAGUCUUUUUCACCCCAGCUCUACAGCUAGUGGAAACUCCUAUGGCGCCUACAAGCCUGGCUCUGACCUUGGUGCAACACCAAGCCAAAGCCUGUUUACCUCUAACCAAGGUGGAAGGGGUUCAACAUACAGCCAGAAUCUCCUUGCAAAACCUGCCCAAGGGAAGUACGGACAAAUGUCUGCUCAGUGGGGGAGCUACAGGCCCAGCUAUUUGUUCAAUGCAGUGAAAUCCAACACUAGCUCUGCCAGACGUCCCACCCAGAGCUUCUUGUCUAGCAGCUAUGGCCCUACCCAGAGCAGGACCAGCAGUGCCAGCUCGAUCAACCUUCGGCGCUUUGGCCUGACCAUCAUGCACAGCAUCCCAGAAUUGUACGGCGGCUCUACAAUCCACCGGCUCAAAGACCCUACUCGGUAGGAGUAGUGCCUCCCCUAGCCACUCAACCCAGCUCUUCAAUUGUCAGCAAGCCACGGCCUAGCCACGGCCUAACCACUAUCUGCCAAGCAGAAAGGCCCUAGCACAACCUAAAUUGAGUCCAGAGCUUUAGGGGAGUCCAGAACAUGACAAAGUGGGAUCUGUAGCCACCAGUUGAGGUGCUGUGACCUGGAAGUGUUGUCAGGACUUCUCUACUUCAAUUGUUUUAAAUAAAAUUUACUAAUACAUA